GUGCAUGGUGCCGCGGAGCCGCAGGGAGUGGAUGAGCCGCCGGAGCUGACCCGGAGAUGGCGGUCCUCAAACUGGCCGAGCAGCCGCCGCUCAUCCAGGCGAUCUUCAGUGGAGACCCUGAGGAAAUCCGAAUGCUCAUAUACAAGUCUGAAGACAUCAAUGCUCUGGAUGCAGAGAAGCGCACGCCGCUCCACGCCGCGGCGUUCCUGGGCGAUGCCGAGAUCACCGAGCUCCUCAUCCUCUCUGGAGCACGGGUCAACGCCAAAGACAACAUGUGGCUCACCCCCCUCCAUCGCGCUGUGGCAUCCCGGAGCGAAGAGGCCGUGCGAGUUCUGAUCCGUCACUCGGCCGACGUCAACGCCCGGGACAAGAACUGGCAGACGCCGCUUCACGUUGCUGCGGCCAACAACGCGCUGCGCUGCGCCGAGGUCAUCAUCCCGCUGCUGAGCAGCGUCAACGUGUCGGACCGCGGAGGACGCACCGCCCUGCACCACGCUGCCCUCAAUGGCCACACGGAGAUGGUGAACCUCCUCCUCGCCAAAGGAGCCAACAUCAACGCCUUCGAUAAGAAAGACGGCCGAGCGCUGCACUGGGCGUCUUUCAUGGGUCAUCUGGAUGUGGUGUGUCUGCUGGUGAGUCAGGGGGCAGAGAUCAGCUGCAAGGACAAACGGGGAUACACCCCCCUCCACACGGCGGCGUCCAGCGGACAGAUCGCUGUGGUCAAACACCUGCUGAACCUGUCUGUGGAGAUAGACGAGUCCAACGCCUUCGGGAACACGGCGCUCCACGUGGCGUGCUUCAACGGUCAGGACGCCGUCGUGAGCGAGCUCAUCGAUUACGGCGCCAACGUCAGCCAGCCGAACAACAAGGGCUUCACGCCGCUGCACUUCGCCGCCGCCUCCACGCACGGGGCGCUCUGCCUGGAGUUCCUGGUCAACAACGGGGCCGACGUCAACGUGCAGAGCCGCGAUGGGAAGAGUCCUCUCCACAUGACGGCGGUUCACGGACGCUUCACUCGCUCUCAGACGCUGAUCCAGAACGGUGGAGAGAUCGACUGCGUGGACAAGGACGGAAACACCCCCCUGCACAUCGCCGCCCGCUUCGGCCACGAGCUCCUCAUCAACACGCUCAUCACCAGCGGAGCCGACUGCACCAGGCGAGGAGUCCACGGGAUGUUUCCUCUGCACCUGGCGGCUCUGAACGCUCACUCCGACUGCUGCCGCAAGCUGCUGUCCUCAGGUUUCCAGAUCGACACCCCCGACACGCUGGGGAGGACCUGCCUGCACGCUGCGGCCGCCGGAGGGAACGUGGAGUGUGUGAAGUUGCUCCUGAGCAGUGGAGGAGAUCACAACAGGAGAGACACGUGUGGAAGGACUCCUCUUCACUACGCCGCCGCCAGUCGUCACUACCAGUGUCUGGAGACGCUGGUGGCUUGUGGCACCGCCAUUAACGUCACCGACCAGUGGGGGCGCUCUGCCCUGCACUACGCCGCGGCCUCGGACCUGGACAGGAGGCGUCGUGUGAAUCUGGAGCCGGAGAGUGACGGGGUUCAGGCGGAGAGAGAGAAAGAGGCCGGACUAUGUUUGGAGUUCCUGCUGCAGAGCGGAGCCGUGGCCUCGCUCAGGGACCAGCAGGGCUACAGCUCGGUCCACUACGCCGCCGCCUACGGACACAGGCACGGUCUGGAACUGCUGCUGGACAGAGACGACAGUCGCCAUGAUGACCCCGAGUCUCCGAGUGCCAGGAGCCCGCUGCACCUCGCUUCGUACCACGGCCACGCUCAGGCUCUGGAGGUGCUGCUGCAGGGGGAGCGGGAGGUGGACCAGGGGGACGAGCUGGGGCGGACCCCCCUGGCCCUGGCCGCCCUCCGGGGCCACACUGACUGCGUUCACACCCUCCUCAGCCAGGGGGCGUCACCGCGCACCACAGACACGCAGCACGGACGCACCCCCGUCCACCUGGCAGUGAUGAACGGUCACACGACGUGUGUGCGCCUCCUGCUGGACGAGUCGGACUGUGCAGAGCUCGUGGACGCUGCUGACUCUCUGGGACAGACUCCUCUGAUGCUGGCGGUGGCCGGAGGUCACGUGGACGCCAUGUCGCUGCUGCUGGAGAGGGAGGCGAGCGUCAACCUGGCCGAUAACCACGGCCUCACCGCGCUGCACCUCGGGCUGCUGUGUGGUCAGGAGGAGUGCAUCCAGUGUCUGUUGGAGCAGGAAGCCUCGGUUCUGCUCGGCGACUCUCGUGGUCGCACGCCCAUCCACCUCGCCGCGGCCCGGGGCCACGCCUCCUGGCUGAGCGAGCUGCUGAGCAUCGCCUGCUCCGAGCCGCCGUCCCUGCCGCCGCUGAGGGACCACAGCGGAUACACGCCGCUGCACUGGGCCUGCUACUACGGUCAGGAGGGGUGUGUCGAGGUCCUGCUGGAGCAGAAAGGUUGUCGCUGUAUCGAUGGAAACCCGUUCACGCCGCUGCACUGCGCUGUGGUGAACGACCACGAGCCGUGUGCGUCUCUGCUGCUGGAAGCCAUGGGCUCCGACAUCGCCGGCUGCAAGGACGCCAAGGACAGGACUCCUCUUCACGCCGCCGCCUUCACGGGUCACGUGGAGUGUGUCCAGCUGCUGCUCUCACACGAUGUGACCGUCGAUGACGUGGACCAAUCAGGUCGCACGGCUCUGAUGAUGGCGGCUGAGAAGGGCAAAGUCGGGGUCCUCGACGUUCUGUUGACCGGCGCCGGCGCCAGAAUCAGCGCCACGGACAAAGAUGGCAACACGGCGCUGCACCUGUCCUGCAGUAAUGGAAAGGAAGACUGUGUGAUGUUGAUCCUGGAGAAGCUGACGGACACUUCGCUGAUCAGCUCCACAAACGCAGCGCUGCAGACUCCUUUGCACCUGGCGGCGCGCAGCGGGCUGAAGCAGGCGGUGCAGGAGCUUCUGUCCCGAGGAGCCAGCGUUCAGACGGUGGAUGAGAACGGUAGGAAGACGCUCGGCUCUGAUCCUCACGACUCUCUGCUCGUAGAGGGAAGCUGCUCCUCGCUGUCCGGUCGGCCUGAACUCAGCUUCUCUGAGGAAACGUUCUGUUUCUGUUUCACUCUGCAAAUGAUUCUGUAGAAUGAGAGGGUUCCCACGGGUCAUGGAGGUCAAAGGAUUUACUGAGAGGAAAUGAGGAGGAGACGAGAGAUGGAGAACGACAGAGUAUUUGUCAUAUUGAUGAUUAAUUUAUUAUAUUACAGGAAUAAUGUAAUUUAAUGAGAAGAAGUCUUCUGAUGUUCUCUCUCUUUAAAACGACAAGUGACCUCAAAUUAUUUAUUUAUUCUUGUAACAUUACGACUUCAUUCUCCUAAAUAUGUAAAACAAUAGAUUAAAUCCAUUUAAACCUUUUUGAAAUUCAGAUUCUAAUAAUUAAUCUCUUUAGUUCUGACUAAACUGUGAUGUUGUGGGAAUCCUGAUGAAACUGUGUCUGUGCUGCUUGUUCGCUCGUCCUGUGUCUUCAGAAACUUUAAAGUCCAACUGAAAUUUAUCAUUUUCUUAUUUUGGGUAAAAACUCAGGAGUUAUUCAAAUUUUGGUUUAAUCAUUAUUUUGCAUUCAGCUAAAUCAAUGAUGAAUUUAAAAAUCAUUAAAAUUAACUGCAGAAUUAAGACAUUCUGCAGCUUCUCUGGUGUUAAUGAAACAAACUCUGAGCUGACGCGUAUCAAUGAAAACAUCUGUAAACAUGAAAACAUCUGUAAACAUCUGUGAUGAUCUGCUGAUCCUCUUUUCUCUAACGUCACUGAAACACUCGACUCUUCUUCUGUCUUCAUGAUGAUAUUCAAACACUCCGUCCUUAUAGAAAUAUAGAUUUUAAAUCCACACGACAGUAUCAUAGUUUUCAGGGAGUUGUGUGUUUGUGUAGAAGAGAUUUCAGUUGGACUUUAUCAGAACGUGUGUGUUUCCCGUCCCGACGUCAGCUGGCUGAACUCUAAUGGAAUGCUGCUCCGUCCCCUUGUCUCCUGCUCCUGCUUCGCCUCCCUGCUUCCUCCUCGUCCACGUCUCCUCCUCCUCUUCCUCCCCCCCCCCCCC